AUGCAUUUGGAAGCCUCAAUUGAUGUGUCAAGACAUCUUUUGCAAUAUGGAUUACCUUUUCGAGGUCAUGAUGAAAGUGAAUCUUCAAUUAAUCAAGGCUUCUUUCUAGGAUUUUUGCGUUUGACUUGUCCUAUGAUUCAAAAAGAUAUUGUCAAUUCUUGUGCAAAAGAAACAUUCAAAGCAAUAAUUGGGGACUUGAAUGGAGAUUACUUUGGUAUAUUAGUUGAUGAGUCAAAAGACAUCUCUCACAAAGAACAAAUGGCUCUUGUUUUGCGUUUUGUUAAUAAGAAUGGUGAAGUAGUUGAACGAUUUAUCGGUCUUGUCCAAGUUAGUGAUACAUCGGCAUGUUCAUUGAAGAAAGCGAUUUAUUCUUUGCUUUCCGUUCACUCACUAAGUCCAUCCAAAAUACGUGGACAAGGUUAUGAUGGGGCUAGUAAUAUAAAAGGAGAGAUAAAUGAACUCAAAACUUUGAUUAUGAAAGAUAGUCCAUCGGCAUAUUACAUUCAUUGUUUUGCUCAUCAAUUGCAACUAACACUAGUGGCUAUUGCUAAAAAAACAUUUGGAUGUUGA